AUAAAAUUUUCUUUUUUCCUCCAAAUUUAAAAUAUUAUUAUUUUUAUUUUCAUGUAAAUCUAAUAUUUCAAAUAUUUGAUGCGUAUAUUUUUUUAAACUGUAGUGAGACAAUCCAAAACAGCUGUAGUUACUAAAAAUGCAUCAGAAUGCCUCGGAAGAAGAUUCAUCAGAUUCUGAUCAAAAUAAUGAUAAAAAUUCUAGAUCUUCAGCUUCUACUUCUGACAGUUAUUCAGAACAUAGUGACCAAGAUGUUUCUCAAGAGGCAAAUAGUUCUGAACACUCAACCGAUGAAUAUAGUCCAAAUGAACGACCCAAGAGAGUUAUAAAAACUUCCUCCAAACUUAGUGAAACUGACGAUUCUAGUGAUUAUGGGUCAAAAGUUACCAAAACAAAAUGGAAAAGUGAUAGUUCAGACUAUGAUUCUGAAACUGACAAAGAAGAGAUACCACGUAGUAAAUCAUUAGCUACAUUACGCCGUCAAAAACAAACAGUUAAACGGCCUGCUAUCAAAGCCAACUAUCGUUAUAAAAAUAAAGCUAAUAGUUAUAGUGGUAAUAGUGAUGAUGAAGAUUUUAAUAAAUCAAGAAAUGCUAGGCGGAGACCUAAUGCCGUUAGUUAUAAAGAAGAAAGUGAAAAAAGUGACAGUGAUGAUUAUUUAGAAAAAGAAGAAGUUGAAGAAAAAGAAGAAGAACCUGAUAAUUCAGAAACAAUAGAAAAAGUUUUAUCCCAAAGACUAGGAAAAAAGGGAGUUAUUGGUAAUAUUACUACAAUGUAUGCAGUUGAAAACAAUGGAGAUCCAAACAUUGAUUGCUUUCCUGAAGAAAAAGAAACUCAAUAUUUAAUCAAAUGGAAAGGCUGGUCACACAUACACAAUACCUGGGAAUCAAUAGAUUCAUUACAGAACCAAAAAGUGAAAGGUCUAAAAAAAAUUGAUAAUUUCAUUAAACGAGAAAAUUCUCUUAAUGCUUGGCGUGAUCAAAUGUCACCAGAAGACUUUGAGUACUAUGAAUGUCAAUUAGAACUUCAACAAGAUUUGUUAAAAAGCUAUAACACUGUCGAAAGAAUAAUAGGAGAAUCUAAAAAUUCUGACCAAAAAGAAUAUUAUGUUAAAUGGCAAUCAUUGCCUUAUAGUGAUGCAACCUGGGAAGACGCAACUUUAAUUGAGCAAAAAUGGCCACAAAAAAUAAAAGAAUUUCGGGAUCGUGAGAGCUCAAAGAGAACACCUUCAAAGGCGUGUAGAGCCUUAAAGUAUCGUCCGAAAUUUAUUCAACUUACAGAAGAACCAGAGUACUUUGGUGGAUAUGAUGAGAAACUUAAACUUAGAGAUUAUCAGCUUCAUGGUGUAAAUUGGUUAAUUCAUUCAUGGUGCAAAGAUAAUUCAGUAAUUCUUGCUGACGAAAUGGGUCUUGGAAAAACAAUACAAACCAUUUGUUUCCUUUACUAUUUAUUUCACAAUUAUCAGGUUCAUGGACCAUUUCUUGUUGUUGUACCUUUAUCAACAAUGCCUUCUUGGCAACGUGAAUUUAGUUUAUGGGCGCCUGAUAUAAACAUUGUAACUUAUAUAGGAGAUGUGGAAUCUCGAAACAUAAUUCGUGAAACAGAAUGGUGUUUUGAAAGUUCUAAAAGACUGAAAUUUAAUGCUAUUCUUACUACCUAUGAAAUUUUACUCAAAGAUAGUCUAUUAUUAAGUAGUCUUAGUUGGGCUUGUUUGAUGGUUGAUGAGGCUCAUCGUUUGAAAAAUGAUGAUUCUCUUUUGUACAAAGCUCUUAAAGGAUUUGACACUAAUCACAGAUUGCUUAUAACAGGAACUCCUUUGCAAAAUAGUCUAAAAGAGUUAUGGGCAUUACUACAUUUUAUUAUGCCAGAAAAGUUUGAUUCUUGGACUGAAUUUGAACAUAUGCAUGAUAAUGCAGCCAGCAAGGGAUAUACAAAAUUGCAUAGACAACUUGAACCUUAUAUUUUAAGAAGAGUAAAAAAAGAUGUCGAAAAAUCAUUACCAGCUAAGGUUGAACAAAUUUUAAGAGUUGAAAUGACUACAGUUCAAAGAAAAUAUUACAAAUGGAUUUUAACUAAGAAUUACAAUGCUUUAAGAAAGGGAUCUAAAGGCUCUUCAACAACAUUUCUUAAUAUAAUGAUUGAGCUAAAAAAAUGUUGUAACCAUGCUCUUCUCACUAAACCACAAGAGAAUGAAAAUACUAGUGAAGAAAAUCUUCAGAGUUUACUACGAGGUUCAGGAAAGCUUAUGCUUCUUGACAAACUAUUAGUGCGUCUUAAAGAAACUGGCCAUCGAGUUCUAAUUUUUUCGCAAAUGGUUCGAAUGUUAGAUAUCCUUGCUGAAUACUUAAGCUACCGGCAUUUACCUUUUCAACGAUUAGAUGGUAGUAUCAAAGGUGAUAUUAGACGACAAGCACUAGAACACUUUAAUGCUGAAGGGUCACAAGAUUUUUGUUUCUUAUUAUCUACUCGUGCUGGUGGGUUGGGAAUCAAUUUAGCCACUGCUGAUACAGUUAUUAUAUUUGAUUCUGAUUGGAAUCCUCAAAAUGAUUUGCAAGCUCAAGCUCGUGCUCAUAGAAUUGGACAAAAAAAUCAAGUUAACAUUUAUAGACUUGUAACUAAAGGAUCAGUCGAAGAGGAUAUUGUAGAAAGAGCCAAACAAAAAAUGGUAUUGGAUCAUUUAGUGAUUCAAAGAAUGGAUACUACAGGUCGUACAGUUUUAGACAAAAAAGCCAAAAAUUCUUCAAUUCCAUUUAAUAAAGAUGAACUAACUGCAAUAUUAAAAUUUGGUGCUGAAGAAUUAUUCAAAGAUGAACCAGGUGCUGAUGAAGAACCUUUGUGUGAUAUUGAUGAGAUUUUAAGGCGAGCUGAAACCCGUGAUGAAGCUCCUGCUACUGUUGGUGAUGAACUCUUAUCAGCUUUUAAAGUAGCUAGUUUUACUUUUGAUGAAGAAAAAAAUAUAGCUGAUGACUUAUCUCCCAGUGGUCAAAAUGAUCAAGAAAAUAAAGACUGGGAGGAAAUUAUUCCUGAAACAUUAAGAAAAAAGGUGGAAGAAGAAGAAAAAGCCAAAGAAAUGGAAGAUCUUUAUUUACCUCCUAGAAGUAGAAAAACUUUACAAAAUGCUAAUCAAGCUGAUGGAAGAGGUACUAAAUCUAAAAAAAGUGGUGAAUCUGAUGGUUCUAGCUAUGAUGGAAGUGAUGACGAUCAACCACGAAAAAGAGGCAGACCACGUGUUGGCACAAAAGAAAUUGUUAAAGGAUUUUCUGAUUCUGAAAUUCGAAAGCUUAUCAAGAGCUGUAAACGAUUCCCAAAUCCUUUAAAGCGUAUAGAUGCAGUUGCUGGUGAUGCUGAUUUACAGGAUAAGCCUAAGUCUGAAUUAAAAAAACUCAUACAAAUGCUAUAUGAUCGUUGUCAUGAAGCAUGCAAUGAAGAAAACCAUAAAGAAACUGAAGUUGUAACUGAAGAUGGCACAAAAAAAAGAAAUCGUGGACCUUCAAUCAAAUUAGGAGGUGUUGCAGUAAAUGCUAAAAGUGUAUUAGCUUGUAGUGAAGAAUUAGAUGUUCUGGAUGAAAUAAUACCAUUAGAUGAAGAAGAAAGAAUGAAGUGGACAUUAGAUUUAAAACGUGUGAAAUCCGCUAAUUUUGAUUUUGAUUGGGAAAUAUCAGAUGAUUCAAAGCUAUUAAAAGGAAUUUAUCUUUAUGGAUUAGGUUCAUGGGAAGCAAUAAAAAUUGAUACUGCUUUAGGUCUUAGUGAUAAAAUUUUAUCUAAUGAAGACAAGAAACCACAAGCUAAACAUUUAUUAGCUCGAGCAGAAUAUUUAUUGAAAAUGUUAAAAAAAAAUCAAAUUGUUAAUAAAGGUGAACUUAAACCAAAAAAAAUUCGUAAAAUUAAAGAAGGUAAAUCCAAAGAAAUAGUUGAAGAUGAUAGUAGUGAUAACGAUAAUAGUUCAAAAAAGAAAAAAAGUGAAAAUAAUAGUAGUCAUGAUGAUAAACUGUUAGUUAAAAAAGAUCUAAAUAAUAUAAAAUUAGGAAUGGGUUCUUCUCCUAAAAAAGAAAAAAAACGAAAAACUAUAAAUAAAUCAGGACCCAUGCAUUUUACAGCAAAUAGUGAACCAAAAGCUGUUAAUGUUGAUGAUAUUGUUGAAUUGCCAAAAGAUAUUUUCUUAGAAUGCAAAGAAAAAAUGCGCCCCGUUAAAAAAGUACUGAAAGCCUUAGAUGAUCCUGAAGAAAAAAAAAAUGAAUCGCGUUAUGUCAAUCACAUGCAAGAGUGUUUAAUAGAAAUAGGCUCACACAUAGGAAAAUGUUUAGAAGAAUACAAAGAUCCUGAUAAAAUUAGGGAAUGGAGAAGUAAUUUAUGGUUUUUUGUCUCAAAAUUCACCGAGUUUGAUUCAAAAAAACUACUCAAAAUUUACCGCAAAGGAUUGCACACAAAUGAAAAAUAUGAAAAAGAAAUUAAAAUUAAAGAUAAAAAGAAAAAAGACAAGUAUAAAGAUGAUAGAAAAAUUCAUAAAAAUGUGGACUCAGAAGAUUCCCCUAAUUUUACUAAAAGAAAACCUCGCGAAACUGAUGAUAUUGAUAAAUUGCAUAAAAAACCAAAAUUUAAUUCAACUCAAAUAAGUAAUUCUAGUAUUCUUCAAACUGGUACUACUACAACUGGUUCUCCUCCACCUAGUUCAAGUAAUUCUUCAAAUAAUCCCUCUAGAUCCUAUGAACAGGGAACUAAUAGGUAUGAUAAUAGUUAUAAUCAUCAUAGAAAUAGAAGCACUCCUUAUUCAAGAAGUGAAGGCCGCAGUAGAGAUUCUGGUACUAGGCGGGAAAGAUAUGAUAGUAGUUACCGCAACCGUUCAGGAUUUCGAGAUCGAGAAAGAGAGCAUGAUUCUGACCUGCGCAUGUAUGAAAAAAUUAGGUAUCAACAAGCAUAUGCUGCAUAUGGUCAAGCAGCUGCUGGUUUUUAUGCUCCUGAAUUAUACAGCCGCUCAAACUCUGCAUCUUAUAUUAAUAUGCCCCCAUAUGCUGUACCCAAUGACUGGCAUCCUCCUGUUUCAGACUAUAGAAGAGAUUAUGAACGAAGGCCUAGGAACAAUUCCUAACCAUAUUAUAUUUCACAUUAAAAAUUUAAUGUUGAACCAAAAGUUUUUAAAAACUUAAUUUAAGAAAUGCAUUAUAAUGGAUAUUGUUUUAAUGUGUUUUUCCUUAGGAAUUAUAGUUUUUUUAUUUUUAUCUUGUACCAAAAUAUGUUAAAUUCUACUUAGUUAGAUUCGAUUAUCGAACAGCAAUUGUAAAUAUUUAUUUUUUUACAUAAUAUAAUUAUAUGUAAUGUAUUUAGUAAAAUUAAUAA